CAAGCGAAAGGACAGAUGGAGAGAUCACGCGGAGUCGCGGGGUGGGCGGUUCAUUCCUCCGCGCGUUGCUGCAACUUGCUGGGCACGCAGUCGGCGCAUUCGUGGAGUUGGUGCAGUAGUCGCCGCGAACUGUAAGGGCAACGCCUGUCAGUCGCGUUUGGACGUCGGUGGUAUCGCUGCGUCACCCUCUGACUUCGGCUACUUUUCAGCAGCUCGCAAGCCUCAUGCGGCUCUUCGGGGGCACCGGUGCGGCUCGCGGCUCCCUGGCUUGGUAACCCCUCCCCCGCAGCAAGAUCAACUCAUCGAUCAAGCCUACCACUCAAUCAUGUGUGACAAGCUGAAGAUCAACCAGGCAUGCCUGAUGGUAGAGUCCCACUUUCCGGCACCCUUGGAUCUGUACUCCCAGUCAUCUGAAUGUUAUGGGUGCCCUCUGCAACGGACAGUGAGGGUGCCACGUCUGUCCAAUGCCAGUGCUGUUGUAGGAGCCAUUCACGCACUCCAGUUUGAAGUGAGACAUCAUCGUUUGGGUGACACACUCCCUAACUGCAGUUACAGCGAGCUCCUGGGAGACCAUGGUUCCUACCUUCUGCGGGUGACAUCCAAGGGAGAGUGCCACAGGGAGACUCUCGAGGAACCUGCAAACAUCUAUAAUCCUUUAAUCACAGCCGGUGCCAUCUUCCUGGUUGUGGUCUUAGUAUGGCAGAUUGCAAGGUGUUGCAGAAGGGUGAGGGCGGCGAUGGGGGCAAGAAACUCCUCUUUCGAGUCACAGGAGAACGUCCUUGGAUCUGCGCUCUCCAUUAGUGGCAAUGCCGCCGAGAUGGAAAAGCCACCUCUGACCCCAGCAAAGAAGAGGCUCCGUGCCCUGGAUGCCUUCAGAGGGUUGUCUCUAGUGGUGAUGGUGUUCGUGAAUUACGGUGGAGGGAAAUACUGGUUCUUCCACCAUUCCCCAUGGAAUGGCCUGACAGUAGCAGAUCUUGUAUUUCCAUGGUUCAUCUGGAUCAUGGGAGUGUCUAUGGCCAUGUCAGUUAGGUCGCUGCUCCGCAAGUCCGUCUCAAAGCGCCGCAUCAUGUGGAAGAUAUUGAAGCGCUCUGCCAUUCUCUUCUUCCUCGGUAUUGUGCUCAACACUGCUCAUCACAACAAUGACCUGACAAAGCUGAGGAUCCCAGGGGUGCUCCAGAGGUUCGGGAUAUCGUACCUUGUGGCUUGUUCAUUGCACCUUCUCUUUGCGAGGCCCCAAGACAAAAUGGUGGGCUCAGGAUGGACGACGAAGGUUCGAGACAUCCUGCUCUACUGGCCCGAGUGGCUAGUCAUGCUGGCUCUGCUGGCUGUCCACCUGGCCCUGACAUUCUUCUUCAACGUGCCCGACUGUGGAAGGGGCUACUUAGGGCCAGGAGGUCUGCACCUCAACGGCAGCCACUUCAACUGCACCGGAGGAGCCGCGGGAUAUAUUGACCGCACGCUGCUCGGCGGCAGCCAUAUCUACCAGGCCGCUACGCCACGGCUUCUUUACAAGAGCCACCAGCCGUACGAUCCCGAGGGCAUACUCGGAUGCUUGACGUCCAUCUUCCUCGUGUUCUUGGGACUUCAGGCUGGCAAAGUCCUCGUGACAUUCAAGGAGUGGAGGCCCAGGCUUUCCAGGUGGUGUGUUUGGGGAGUUGUCUGUGGAAUUAUUGGUGGUGUGCUGUGCAAGUUCUCUAAGGAGGAUGGCUGGAUCCCACUCAACAAGAACCUCUGGUCUGUAUCCUACAUUUUGGCAAUGGCUUCCACGGCAUUCCUGCUUCUAGCACUCUUCUACUACAUCAUUGAUGUGCAAGGCUUCUGGUCAGGCGCGCCCUUUACCUAUGCAGGAAUGAACUCGAUAGCUGUCUAUGUGGGACACGACAUGGUGAAUGGCAUGUUUCCUUGGGCCUGGAAGUGCUACGAAACUCACUGGUGCUACCUCUUCAUGAACCUGUGGGGUACUUCUCUUUGGGUGCUGGCCGCGUUCAUCAUGUACCGCAAGGGCGUCUUCAUUGCCAUCUGAGACGCAAGAAUCACCUGUGCAAGAAACAUACGAUGCGUUGGGUGGAGGCUAUGGGAUUGCAAGGCACUGAUUUCGUGUGCCAGCUUGACGGUGGCAGCUGUUAACGGUACCGGGUGCUAAGCGCAGUUGACAUGUUGAUUUCAACUUAAUAUUAAUCUGGGUGUUCAAUUAGCAUGAAGAUUUCAAUGAGAGACCAGGGCUGUUUUUAAUGGCGAUGAAAUGACAAAAGAAGUUAGGGAAGUUCUGGGGACCCUUAGCAGAUGGCAGUUUUUGAAAACUGCUCCAUUGAAAAUGCAUGACUGGUUUUGAAAAAGUUCAUUCUUAUAUUGUGUAGCACCCAUUUGAUUAAGAAGUCAAUACUGCAAACUGCCGUGAAAAGACAAUAUGUGUUACUUUAAUGCUUUCCACCCAUCGGGCAUCAGUACAAGACCAAAACAAUCUCCAAAAGGAAUAUCUAAAUUUUUUUUUUUUCCUUCUGGUUAUUGUUAUGCCUGGAAAAGACAUUUUUCAAUUUCGUAAUGACGAAAGGCUUUUUAAUAUUGGUGCUUGUUGUCAUUAUCAGUGUUAAAGUUAUAUACUCUGUUUAUAGUAGCAAAAUAUCUGCAAAGCAAGUGACUUCAUCUAUGUCAUGGCUUGUCAAGAUUACUAUAUAUAAGUUUUGUUUUUGCGUGCUUUCUGCUGGGAUGAGUCAAAGGGAUCGAUGGCUGUUUGGAGGGACCGCAUAAAUCGGUUUCUGAACGUAUCUAGCUAAUAUUUUACACAGACGUCGCCGAAGGACGUGCAUCAAGGGUAUAGAAAUUGAACCGAACAAAGUUACCCGAGUAAAAACUUAGAAAUUAAAAACUUAAAAUCCCUACCUAUGGCAGCCAUGUGCAAGGGCAUCUGAUUGACGCAACAGCCGACGAUGUCGGCAGUGGUCUCUGCAUUGACAAGGGGGGUCAGCAGUGGAGGCAUUGGGAGUGCCUCAGGUUUUAGCAUCAGCUUCGGAGAUGACACUGCGGUUGUUGGUGGCUUGUUCUGGAGGUUUCCCUCACUAAGGCGUGCCUCACCCAGCAUAAAAUUGGAGGGAAACCCGGAGGCCGCCACCCAAACUUUGCCGGAAAAUGUCGGUGGACCUUUACUUGCUGGUUGGGAGCUAAGCGCACCGUGAAGAUGGCUUACACCCGAAAACAGAACGGAUGAAAGUUGCAGAUAAAAAAGGAGAUGUGUUAAUAACCAGAAAGUGCGAAGCAGAUUAGAAUGUUUCCGAAAAUAAUCAAUAAAAAAAUUGGGGGACGAUCAUAAGGUUUGACGCGUUCAGACAGCAGCAGCUUUUUUUGUUUAUUUUCGUUUACGCUCACACCGUCGCAAAAGCAGGCGGCGCGCCACUAACAGCUCCCGCUGUAAUUAUUUUCGUUUGCGCUCGCCAUCAAUAAAUUUUUCCACUAAAUUUAGGAGGAAAACUGAAUUGGCGCAUAGGUCAUGCGACUUCAGUUUUUCCACUAAAUUUAGCGGGGAAAUUGAUUUGGUGCAUAGGUCAUGCGACGUCAGUUUUUCUGCUAAAUAUAACGGGGAAAUUUAUUUGGUGCAUAGGUCAUGUGACAACAGUUUUUCCGCUAAAUUUAGCGGAAAAACUGAGUUGGUGCGUAGGUCUCGUGACGUCAAUUUUUCUGCUAAAUUUAGCGGGGAAACUGAAUUGGUGCAUAGGUCAUGUGAGGUAAAUUUUUCUGCUAAAUUCAGCGGGGAAACUGAAUUGGUAUAUAGGUCAUGUGAGGUAAAUUUUUCUGCUAAAUUCAGCGGGGAACUUGUAUAAGUCUGUAGGGCCCAUGGCUCACCUCACGUGACAUCAAUUUUCCCACCAAAUUCAGUGAGGAAACUGAGUGGCUGCAUAGGUCAUUUGACAUCCAAAUUUAUCCGUUACAUUUAGCGGAAAAACUGAUUUCGUUUACCCUAACGCCUUCGUGAAACUGUGGGGGGGACGAGCCCAUAACAGCUGCCAUUGUAAAAGGAGACAACACAUAUCUGUUUUGUUUUUCUCGUUUUAUCUUCAUUUUUUAUGUUGUUUUUUUUGGUGGAAGAAAAUGAUCAUUUGUUGACAAUUUGCACAAAAAAAAGAGUGCAUCGCUUCUGGCGCGAAACGUCGUCUGCUAUUGCCAAAGUCGAGUGAAGCACCCCUCGAGGCCGCAAGAGAUCUUAGGUGCCGCCAUCUGUCGGCUGUUACACCAGUCAUACGCCUUUUUUUAGCAGACGGCCGCGGUAGGUAGAGAUUUAAAGUUUUUCAUUCCUAUUUUUUUGCUCGGGUAAGUUUGUCCGGUGAAAUUUUUAUACACUUGAUGCACGUUUUUCGGUCGCCUCUUAUGGGGACCAACUUAUGUGGUCCCUAGAAACAUCCAUCAAUCCCUUCAACUCUUCCUAUAGUUACAAUCAAUGUAUAUGUCACAGAUCUGACAUUUCCUAUUUUGGUGUGUUUACCCUUACACAUAUUUUUUUUUUUUUUUGUUAUGUUAGGUGGUGAUUCUGUAGGCUUUCAUGUAAAUCCCUGUUUGCAUCUGUCAUUUCAGGACAUAAAAUGUGUGCCUUGUGUAUUUCUCAAGUCAUAAAGCACCUAUACUAAUUCAGUUACUUAAAGGGCAACUCCACUUUGUUUUUGACAAACAAUGCAGUCCUCUUCAGUAUCACCCAGGAAGACAACACGUCAAAUAUUACGACCUAGUUCUGUCGGAAUGUUUCUUAAAUGGUCCAGUAAACUUUACAACUUGCCAAGUUGCCGAAAUCGAUUGACUCUAGCGGGCAAAUUGAGGCACAACCAACAGCACAGUCAAGGCUACGACAUUGGCGUAGCCAACAUUGAGCUAAACAUCAUCACCACUGCCUCAUUUUGCUGGUUUUUGCUUCUCCGAGCAAGCGUAAUGGGUGAUGUCAGCAACAUUUCCUCUCGCCACUCAGGGGUGUCCACGUGAUUGGCGUAAUACGCCUGCGCAGCAUGCAUCUUGGGAGCCGUCCGGCCGUCCCGUCAUUACUGCCGUCUCCCGCAUCACAACCGCCAUCGUUGUGGUGUUAUCGUUUGUGAUUGUUGUCUCUCGGACUCCCAUUCACACUAUGUGCGCAGACUCGUGCUGCAAUUGUGUAGACGUCGUUGAAUGCCGUAGACUCCAAAACGUGGCGAUGAGUGCGGUGCAGACGACACUUGCGCCUGGCACAUGCCUGCCUCAAUGAUGGCUUGCUGGCCUGCCCCAAUACUGCCCGUCGUUGCAUAGGAUCACAUGACAUCUUGUACCAUUUGAUGGUCGGGCCUUUUACAGCCUGAGGAGAAUGUUGCCAGACGGAGCCGAAGUUUCGGUUUUGAUUUCUGCUUGUGCUUAAAGUAAGAUUUAACAGUACAUAUUCCAUUUUUUAUGAAGCAAAUGAUGUAGCCCCUUUUAUUUAUGCUUUUUAUUGUGAAAUCACUCCCAGACUUUUUUUAAUUUGAGCAGAGUUGCCCUCUAAACCCGCUUAAAUCGCCCCCCAAAACAUUUUUCUUUAUUUUUUCCACGCGAUUUAAUAUGGUGUCAUGAGAGACAGUCCAAUAAAUAUUUUGCUGCAGAGUCGCAUAUAUACAUUUAAUAAAGUCAACAAACUCAAGUGCUCGGAACCGAAACACUAGCACGAAAGCUCAUUGUUGUUAGUCACAUCGCCAUGUCGCCUUUCCAGCCGACCAAAAAGGCCACCUGGACAGCGUCAUUUUCGACCCUGACUGUGGGUUUACUGCAAUUUGUGUUCCUGACCAUAUGUUUUUCCUCCAAAGAAAAGGGGAUGCACCAGAUCGGUCUUUGUUUGUAAGCAACCCUGAGUGCCGCGCCCCAUAGCGCACGCGUGCCUCCAAUAAGCAGCCUCUUUGUUUGUUGGUUUGGACAUCAAGCUGUGUGGUCACUUCUUAAGCACGAUACAAGGAGUGCAACUAUGAUAAAGGCUUGUCACAGAAAUGCAAAAUCUUCGAGUGAUUUUUUUGGUAGGAAAAGCAGAAGGAAUUGACAUUUUUGGACCCAAUGGAAAAUGUAAAGAGUGCAUUGAUGUUUUUAUUUCAUCCUGAUAUCUAGACCUUUGUUUUGUGGAUUGGAUGUUAUAUCUUUUUCAGUGCACCACUGAAAAGGCCUAUGGCUGUUCGUGCAGAACUCAAAAUAAAUCAAAUCGAAAUAAUGACUACCUAAGAGCGCAUUCUUAAUUGUGUCAUUCUAUGUGACAUCCGUGGCAUUUUGGCAUGAGCCAGGAAAAUGUGAUAGGUGUUAGUAAUUACAUUUUCCCGAGGUGUAACUUAUAGUUUCUCAAAGUGUAGUGUGUACCUGGUUUUUUGUAUGUUAUACUAGUUUACUGUAUCACAACUUCCAGCCUGAUAGCUCCUAUUGUGACAUAGUUUUAUUUUUCUGACUAGUUUCUCUUUAAUAUUGUCCUGUGAAAAUUGUGCAUUGCAUAAAGUGUGUUUUUAGUGUGGCUCAUUGCUGUUUCUUAAAUGUGAUCUGUUUCUUUUAUAAGGCAAAACUUUGUCCCUUCUGUUGCAGUUUCUCUCUAGCGACUCGGGCAGAGAUUGUUGAAAUAAAACUGUUUUGUUUGGACA